GCAAGUCAGUCAAGCUGGGAAAUAUCCUGAGGAACUUGCAAAUAGCAACUGUCUCCCCAUUUCUGGGCAGGCAUGAACAAAUCUCCCCUGAGCAACAACAGGAAACUUCUCUUUUCUGUGGAAUUCCCUGUUUAUCAAAAGGGGCAGAUUUACAAACGGGCAUAUAUUGCAGUGGGACUCCUGAGGGAUCAGCCAGCUGUUUCUCCCAGGGGAAGAGGCAAGGAGCGGCUCAGUUGCCUGUUCUGAGACUCUGCUUCAAGGGGGAUUGUAUAUAAACAGCCAGUCUCAGACUGCAGCAGAGACAUUUCAGCCUUCUACCACUCUGGGGCUGUGAGCAGAGUCCUGAGCUGCUCUUUCCCACAGGUAGCAAGAGCCCUUCACCUGAAAUCCUCCCACGAUGCUGUGGCUGCUGCUGCUGCAGAUCUGGGUGAGCUGCCUCUGGUUGGGACACAGCGAGGUGGUGACGUCCUUUGAAAGUUCAUGUCCUCAGUUUUUCUUCCGGGAGACUCCCCCAAAUGAAGCCCUGGAGCCAGAGAACCCAGCCUGGAUCUGCCAACGCUACAAGAACCAGUAUUUCUUUGCCACCUUGUACGACAGAAAGGAGCGUAUUCCUGUGUACUCUGCUUACAUCUACGAGCCUGGACCUGGCAAACGACCUCAAGGGUGGCUGGUUGAGCCCCAGCUGAUGGGCCCAACCUAUCCCAAAACUAUGGAAAAAGAGUGGACGCUCAUAAAUCAUUACAAUGUCAGCUUAGAGAAACUCAGCGAGAGCCAGGCUAUUCUCCAAGACUACAAGAACCUGACGGGUUUGAACCGGGGCCAUUUGAACCCCAAUGGCCAUCACUUCAACUACAGCAGCAGGAUGGCUACCUUCACCCUCACCAACAUAGUUCCACAGGAUGAGAAACUCAACGGCGGCGCCUGGAACAACUACGAGCAGCGAACGAUGAUCAGGAACACCCAGGGCUGUGACACCACCUACGUCAUCGUGGGUGCUGUGCCCGGGAACAACUAUAUUGCCAAGGGAAGGGUUAAUAAGCCCAGCUACAUCUGGUCGAGUGCCUGCUGCGUGGUGGACAACAACCACAGGAAGGCUUGGGCAGUCAUUGCCGAGAACGACCAGAACCAGGUCCAGCUCCUCACGCUGGGGGAGCUCGAGGACACGUUGACUCAGCUCUAUGGGAGGGGACAGGUUUCUCUGUUUGACAGUGAAUGUCCCCGGGAAUAAGCCUCACAUCCUGGCUUUAAAAGGCUCAGGAGCUUUUACCACAUGUCAGAGAUCACAGAAUAAUUUGGGUUGGAAGGCACCUUAAAGAUCAUCUAUCUAGUUUCAGGCCCCCUGCCAUGGGGAUCUUC